AUGGGUCUCGUCGGCGUGCUCGACCUGCCGGCGCACGACGUCGUCGCGCACGCCGUGCGGUUCGUCGAGCUCGAGGCCGAGGAGCCCGACGGGUCCUUCCUCGCGCGCGCGGCGAAGCUGCUGCUCGUCGUCGUCGAGCGCCACGGCGCGGGCGCCGCGGCGGCGCGCGACUGCGACGGCGUCGCGCGCCUCGGCGCGUUCGCCGCGGGCGCAGCGCUGCCCUGCCCCGGCGUCGACGCCGUGCUGCGGGCCGUGCUCGCGACGCCGCCGGAGGCCGGCUACUACGGCGACGCGGCCGCCGCGGACGCGGCCGUCGACGUCGUCGCGGCCGUCGUCGACGACGUCGUCGAGGACGUCGUCGAGGACGAACGGGACCCCCAAGAAGAACAACAAGAGAUCGUCGUCACGGCGGCGAGCCAGCUCGAGCACGGCUGGCGCCCCAUCGCGUCCGUGCUCUGCCGGAGCGACGAGCGGCGGCUGCUCGAGGCCGAGGGCGAGCUCCGGCGGCUCGCGGACGCCGUCGGCGGCCGCCGCGGCGACGCCGCGGCCGUCGCGGCGGCGCGCGAGGCCGCGGGGCGGCUGCGCGCCCAGUGCGUCGCGGAGCUGCCCGGCGCGACGUGGCUGAGCCGGCCCCGGUGCCUCCACGCGCUCGUCGCGACGGCGUCGGCGCCCGCGGCCGCGGGCGCCGCCGCGGAGUCGCUCGAGGACCUGCGCCGCGAGUGCCUCGAGACGCUGUUGGCCAUCUUCGACACGCUCGCGGCCUACGACGUGCCCCUCGCCGUCGAGCCCGCCGCGAGCUGCGCGAGCCCCGCGGGCGCGGCGCCGCGGUCGCCCGAGGAGGCGGCUUUGCUCGGCAUGACCGCGCCCGCGGCGCUCGUGAAAUGCGACGCGGCGUUCGCCGGCGAGGGCCAGUUCAUCCUCGAGGACGGCGCGCCGGCCGUCGCGCUCGCGGCCGACGUCCGCGCGCGCGACGCGCGGCGCCGGGCCGCGCUCCUCGGCGACCCGGGCGCGGAAAUCCGCCGCUGGCUCCUGCGCCGCGGCUGCUUCGACGGCGACGCGCGGACGCGCGGCGCGUGCCGCGCGCUCGUCGCGGACCUCCGCGACCUCGCGCCGCUCGACGCGUUCGACGAGGCCGACGCGCCCUUCCUCGAGAAGGUCGCGGGGCGGCCCCGGAGCCUCCGGGGCGCCGCGCGCCACCUCUUCGCCGCGGACGCCGCGGCGCGGCGCGACGCCGCGCGGCUCCUCGUCGAGCGGCACCUCGGCGCGGCCUACUCGUCCGCGCGGGGCGACGCCGCGGCAGCCCACGUCGCCCGCGAGCUCGAGCUCCGGGGCGCCGCCGGCGACGGCGGCGGCCCGCCGGGCCCGCCGGGCCCGCCCGUCGGCGCGCUCUGCCGCGCCUACGCGGCCGCGGCCGCGGGCGGCGGCGCCGCGCCGCUCGCCGUCGCCGCGCGCGAGCUCCGCGACGCGGCUUUGGCCGACGCGGGCGGCCCGCCGUGCGCGGAUGUGGUCGCGGCGCGCGCCGCGGCGCUCGGGGACCUCGCCGCGGGCGGCGCGCGGGGCGCCGCCGCGGCGCGCGUCGCCUGCGCGCUCGCCUGGCGCGGCGCCGGCGGCGACGACGUGUUGCUGCGCCGCGUGCUCUCCGCGCUGCUCGUCGACGGCGCGCGCGACGACGACGGCGGCGACUGGGACGACGCGGGCGCCGCGAGCUGCCUCCUCGCGGCCGCGGCGGCGCUCGCGUUCCCGGGCGCGCCCGCCCGGGGCCGCCGCGGCGCGGCCUCUAGGCCCCUCGACGCGCGGCUCGCCGAGGGCCUCGCGCCCGUCGGCCGCGCGUGCUCGCCGCGGCUCCGCUGGGUCGUCGCGGCGCCCGACGCGGCGCCCGCCGCGGCGCCGCCCGCGGCCGCGGCCGCGGCCGCGGCGGCCGUCGCCGCGGCCGCGGGCGCGGCGCCGCGGCCGGGCCUCGCGGCGCGCGUCGCCGCCGUCGCGGCGGCGUCGAGCCGGCGCGCGUUCGACGGCGCCGUCGACGGCCUCGCGCUCUGGCUCGCGUGCCGCCCGGGCGACGACGUCGCGCGCGAGGCCUGGGCCGACGCCUUCCGGCGGCCCCUCGCGGCGCCGCCGCGCGGCGCCAAGGAGCGGCGGAGCCUCCGGCGCUGCCUCGGCGCGCUCGCGAACAUCGCCGCGGCGCUGCCCGCGGGCGACGGCCGCUGGCGCGAGCUCCUCGACGCCGCGGCGCGCGUCGCGCUCCCCGCGGCGCUCGCCGGCGGGCCCGCCGCCGACGGCCUCUUCGGCGCGGGCUGCGGCCUCGCGUCCGCGCUCCUCGCCGGCGCCGAGGCGCCGCGCGCCGCGCGCGCGCUCGGCCGCCGCGACGUCCUCGAGCGCCUCGUGGCCGCGGGACCCGCGCGGGACCGGCCCGGCGACGGCGCCGCGGCGCUCGGCGCGCUCGCCGAAAUCCUCGCGGCGGCGCCCGGCGCGGCGGCGACCGCCGCGGAGCUCGGCCUCGGCGCGGCCCUCGCCGCGCGCCUCGCGCCCGGCGGCGCGCCGGACGCGUUCUUCGGCCGCCGCGAGCGCGCCGCGGCCCUCGGCGCGCUCGCGGCGUUCGCCGAGGCCGGGGGCGCGCCGGGCGACGACGCGGCGCUCUACCGCGCGCUCGGCCGGCUGCUCUGCGACCGCGACGCGGCCGUCCGCGCGGCGGCCUACGGCUGCGUCGGCGCGUGCUGCCGGUUCCCGGGCUUCCGGCGCGCGGUUUUGGCCGGCGCGGGCGACCCGCUCGACGCCGUGGACCUCGCCGCGCGCGUCGCCGCGGACGCGCGCGAGGCGCCGGCCGUCCGCAACGCGGCGUGCGGCUGCCUCGCGCGGCUCGUCGGCGCGGCGCAUCCGCCGCCGGGCCGCGUCGUCGCCGCGGCGGACGUCGCGCUCCGGUGCCUCGACGACGGCGCCGCGGACCCGCGCGCGGGCGCCGCGGACCUCGCGCUCGCGCUCGCGGCCGCGGACGCGGGCGGCGCGCUCGCCGCGCCGAUCGCCGUCGCCGCGGCGCGCGUCGCGGGCCUCGUCGACGUCGCGGGCCUGCCCGCGCGGCGCCGGCGCGACUUCGACGCGCACGCGGCCGCCGUCGCGGCCGUCGGCGACGGCCGCUUCGUCGGCGACGCCGUCGACGCGCUGCGGCGCCUCGCCGCCGCGUCCGCCGCGCCGCCGGCGCGGAGCUCGCCGCCGCGCCGCGACGCCGCGCGGCGCCGCUGCGACGCGCUCCUCGGCCUCCUCGCGGCCAUGACCAUGUUCCCCGACGCGCAGCGCGCGCUCCUCGACCACGGCGCGACGGCGGACCUCCUCCUCGACCUCUGCCACUACCUCGGCCCCGGCGCGGCGCGCGCGUACGCGUCGCCGGACUCCGUCGCGCGGCCGCGGCGCGCGCCCGCGCCGCCGGCCGCGCGCCGCGUCGCCGCGCUGCUCCGCAACCUGGCCCUCCUCCGCCGCAACAAGGGCCGCAUCCUCGCCCAGGGGCCCCUCGUCGACUUCCUCGUGGCCGCGCUCGCGCGCGUCGACGACGACGCCGCGACCGCCGGCGACGCGGCGACGGCGCUCUGGGCCCUCGUCCACCACAGCGAGAAGGCCCGGGGCCUCCUCCGCGCCUCGGCGGCCGCCACGGCCGCCGUCGCCGACGCGGCCCGCGCGCUCGCGGACGCGGACCUCGACCUCCGCGGCGACGCCGCGGGCCGCGGCGCCGCGGAGCGGUCCGUCGCCGCGCUCCGCGCGAUCCUCGCGGACUAA